AACGUGUUGUUUGUGUUUUGAUUUUAUUGCUGACGUCGCUUCUGCGUGGCGGAAAAUUGUGAAAAUCUCUGUGAAAAAUCAUGCUGAAGGCUGUAAUUCUCAUUGGGGGCCCACAGAAGGGGACCCGAUUUCGACCUCUAUCACUGGAUGUGCCGAAACCGCUCUUCCCCAUCGUGGGGCGCCCCAUAAUCCAGCACCACAUCGAAGCCUGUGUCUCCAUGAAGGAAGUCAAGGAGAUCCUCAUCAUUGGGUACUAUCCGUCUGCCCAGAUGUCGCACUUUAUCAGCGACAUGCAGAAUCUCUAUGACAUCAACAUUCGCUACCUUCAGGAGUUCACAGCGCUGGGAACAGCCGGUGGGAUGUACCAUUUUCGUGAUCAAAUCCGUGCUGGGAAUCCUUCGGCAUUCUUUGUCCUCAAUGGGGAUGUCUGUGCGGAUUUCCCGUUGCAGGAGUUGUAUGAUUUCCACAAGAGUCGUGGGGCUGAUGCGCUUAUUAGCAUUAUGAGCACGGAGGCUACAAAGCAGCAGAGCCUCCACUACGGAUGCCUCGUGCUGGACAAGCAGACGGGUGUGGUUAAUCACUAUGUGGAGAAGCCAAGCUCCUUCAUUUCCUCAUUCAUCAAUUGCGGCGUCUACGUUUGCACCACAGACGUCUUCCCCAUGAUGGCCACCAUCUUCCACUCCAAAGAGCAGGAUUAUGCUGGACUAAACAACAUUUCAAACAAAGAUCAGGGUCAUAUGCAGUGGGAACAGGAGAUCCUGAUGCCCCUCGCAGGGACAGGGAAGCUCUUUGCCCUCCCUGUGACCAAUUGGUGGUCUCAGAUUAAGACUGCCGGCUCAGCAAUUUAUGCCAAUCGGCACUACUUGGAAUUGUACCGACACACCCGUCCGGAGCGCCUGGCCAACAGUGACCUAAAGUCCGUCAAUGGGAGUGUUUGCUGCACAAUCUUCCCGGAUGUCUACAUCCAUCCCAGUGCCUCUGUUCAUCCCGAUGCCACCCUUGGCCCAAAUGUCUCCGUGGGAGCUGGAGUAACUAUUGGCGCUGGCGUUCGGAUCCGGGAAUCCAUUAUCCUGGACAAUGCUGUUGUGAAUGAUCACACACUCAUCUUGCACAGUAUUGUGGGAAGAGGAAGCGUCGUUGGGGCAUGGGCGAGGGUUGAGGGAACCCCCUCUGACCCGGAUCCCAACAAACCCUUCGCCAAAAUGGACAAUUUGCCACUUUUCAACAACGACGGACGCCUAAAUCCCUCAAUAACCAUCCUCGGAUGUUGCGUCACGGUGCCCUCGGAGAUGAUUCUCCUCAAUUCCAUUGUUUUGCCGCACAAAGAGCUAAACAGAAGCUUCAAGAAUGAAAUUAUCUUGUAGGGAGGGAAUUUAUUGCUUGCUGCACCAAAUAAAUGAGCUAUUUUUGGAGAUUUUA